AUGCAGUUCUCACAGGUGGGACAUCAGACCCCUCUCCAUCAGAUCAGAUGACGUUGACUGUCUGUACACAGUUUGAUUGAUAUGCUGGAUUGUGUAAUGGAACUUGCCCACAACAAAUAACAACAACAGUGUUAGCUUGGCUAAGUCCUAAAAUACCCAGAUGGAAAGUGGCUUUAGUAGGGUCAUGAUAAUAAAGGACGAAUAACUAUGCAUCCAACACACUUGGCUUAUGUCGUCUACCUGUUCUCUUUCAGGUCGUGGGGAGAGGUGCAUUUGGUGUUGUCUGCAAGGCCAAAUGGAAAGGCAAAGACGUCGCAAUCAAGACAAUAGAGAGUGAAUCUGAAAGGAAAGCGUUCAUAGUUGAGGUAUUGUUAUAUUGUACUGGGAUACUAGUAGAGAUCAAAUCACAUGUUAUUUGUCACAUGCGCCGAAUACAACAGCUGUAGGUAGACCUUACUGUGAAAUGCUUACUUACAAGCCCUUAACCAACAAUGCAGUUUUAAGAAAAUAGAGUUAAGAAAAUAUUUACUAAACAAACUAGAGUAAAACAUAUAUAUACAGUACCAGUCAAAGGUUUGGACACACCUACUAAUUCCAGGGUUUUUAUUAAUUUUUACUAUUUUCUACAUUGUAGAAUAAUAGUGAAGACAUCAAAACUAUGAAAUAACACAUAUGGAAUCAUGUAGUAACCAAAAAAGUGUUAAACAAAUCAAAAUAUAUUUUAUAUUUCAGAUUCUUCAAAGUAGCCACCCUUUGUCUUGAUGACAGCUUUGCACGCUCUUGGCAUUCUCUCAACCAGCUUCAUGAUGUAGUCACCUGGAAUGCAUUUUGUUAAAAGUUAAUUUGUGGAAUUUCUUUCCUUCUUAAUGCAUUUGAGCAAAACAGUUGGGUUCUGACAAGGUAGGGGUGGUAUACAGAAGAUAGCCCCAUUUGGUAAAAGGCCAAGUCCAUAUUAUGACAAGAAGAGUUCAAAUAAGCAAAGAGAAACGACAGUCCAUCAUUACUUUAAGACAUGAAGGUUAGUAAAUCCGGAAAAUGUAAAGAACUUUGAACGUUUCUUCAAGUGCAGUCGCAAAACCAUCAAGCGCUAUGAUGAAACUGGCUCAUGAGGACCGCCACAGGAAAGGAAGACCCAGAGUUACUGUCAUUUGUUUUACAACAGGACAAUGACCCAAAACACACCUCCAGGCUGUGUAAGGGCUAUUUGACCAAGAAGGAGAGUGAUGGAGUGCUGCAUCAGAUGACUUGGCCUCCACAAUCCCCCGACCUCAACCCAAUUGAGAUGGUUUGGGAUGAGUUGGACCGCAGAGUGAAGGAAAAGCAGCCAACAAGUGCUCAGCAUAUGUGGGAACUCCUUCAAGACUGUUGGAAAAGCAUUCCUCAUGAAGCUGGUUGAGAGAAUGCCAAGAGUGUGCAAAGCUGUCAUCAAGGCAAAUGGUGGCUACUUUGAAGAAUAUAAAAUAUAUUUUAAUUUCUUUAACACUUUUUUUGGUUACUACAUGAUUCCAUAUGUGUUAUUUCAUAGUUUUGAUGUCUUCACUAUUAUUCUACAAUGUAGAAAAUAGUAAAAAAUUAAGAAAAACCCAUAAAUGAGUAUGUGUGUCCAAACUUUUGACUGGUACUGUGUAUAUAUACACUACUGUUCAAAAGUUUGGGGUCACUUAGAAGUCCUUGUUUUUCAAAAUAAAAUCUUUUUUUUUUUAAAUAACAUCAAAUUGAUCAGAAAUACAGUGUAGACAUUGUUAAUGUUGUAAAUGGUUAUUGUAGCUGGAAACGGAUGAUUUUUUAUGGAAUAUCUACAUAGGCCCAUUAUCAGCAACCAUCAGUCCUGUGUUCCAAUGGUACGUUGUGUUUGCUAAUCCAAGUUUAUCAUUUUAAAAGGCUAAUUGAUCAUUAGAAAACCCUUUGCAAUUAUGUUAGCACAGCUGAAAACUGUUGUGCUGAUUAAAGAAGCAAUAAAACUGGCCUUCUUGAGACUAGUUGAGUAUCUGGAGCAUCAGCAAUUGUGGGUUCGAUUACAGGAUCAAAAUGCACAGAAACAAAUAACUUUCUUCUGAAACUCGUCGGUCUAUUCUUGUUCUGAGAAAUGAAGGCUAUUCCAUGUGAGAAAUUGCCAAGAAACUGAAGAUCUCGUACAACAGUGUGUACUACUCCCUUCACAGAACAGUGCAAACUGGCUCUAACCAGAAUAGAAAGAGGAGUGGGAGGCCUCGGUGCACAACUGAGAAAGAGGACAAAUACAUUACAGUGUCUAGUUUGAGAAACAGACGCCUCACAGGUCCUCAACUGGCAGCUUAAUUAAAUAGUACCCGCAAAACACCAGUCUCAACGUCAACAGUGAAGAGGCGACUCUGGGAUGUUGACCUUCUAGGCAGAGUUGCAAAGAAAAAGCCAUAUCUCAGACUGGCCAAUAAAAAGAAAAGAUUAAGAUGGGCAAAAGAACACAGACACCCGACAGAGGAAGAUUGGAAAAAAGUGUUAUGGACAGACAAAUUGAAGUUUGAGGUGUUCGGAUCACAAAGAAGAACAUUUGUGAGACGCAGACCAAAUGAAAAGAUGCUGGAGGAGUGCUUGAUGCCGUCUGUCAAGCAUGGUGGAGGCAAUGUGAUGGUCUGGGGGUGCUUAGGUGGUGGUAAAGUGGGAGAUUUGUACAUGGUAAAAGGGAUCUUGAUGAAGGAAGGCUAUCACUCCAUUUUGUAACGCCUUGCCAUACCCUGUGGACGGCGCUUGAUUGGAGCCAAUUUCCUCCUACAACAGGACAAUGACCCAAAGCACAGCUCCAAACUAUGCAAUAACUAUUUAGGGAAGAAGCAGUCAGCUGGUAUUCUGUCUAUAAUGGAGUGGCCAGCACAGUCACCGGAUCUCAACCCUAUUGAGCUGUUGUGGGAGCAGCUUGACCGUAUGGUACGUAAGAAGUGCCCAUCAAGCCAAUUCAACUUGUGGGAGGUGCUUCGGGAAGCAUGGGGUGAAAUCUCUUCAGAUUUCCUCAACAAAUUGACAACUAGAAUGCCAAAGGUCUGCAAGGCUGUAAUUGCUGCAAAUUGAGGAUUAUUUGACGAACGCAAAGUUUGAAGGACACAAUUAUUAUUUCAAUUAAAAAUAAUUAUUUCUAACCUUGUCAAUGACUACAUUUCCUAUGCAUUUUGCUAUAUUUCCUAUUCAAACUCAUUUAAUGUAUGUUUUCAUGGAAAACAAGGACAUUUCUAAGUGACCCCAAACUUUUGAACGGUAGUGUAUAUGUAUAUAUUCUGUAAAGUUAUGGCAGGGCUGUUUAUUAAAACCCAAAGAGAUCCCUCUUGAUCCUCUUCCCUCCUCCUCUCCCGUCCCAAGCUGCGACAACUUUCGCGUGUGAAUCACCCCAACAUUGUGAAGUUGUAUGGCUCAUGCAAUAAUCCGGUAAGUCAGCUUACAGUGAGGGGAAAAAAGUAUUUGAUCCCCUGCUGAUUUUGUACGUUUGCCCACUUACAAAGACAUGAUCAGUCUAUAAUUUUAAUGGUAGGUUUAUUUGAACAGUGAGAGACAGAAUAACAACAACAACAAUCCAGAAAAAUGCAUGUAAAAAAUGUUAUAAAUUGAUUUGCAUUUUAAUGAGGGAAAUAAGUAUUGGUUUUUGCCAGUUGUUGUAAAUUCCUUGGAACAGUGGGUUGUUACUGAUAUUAUAGAAACACCAAUAGCAAGGUUGACAAAUGACCAGAACAUCAUGGGAAACUGUAUAGCCUAAUAGCUUGAUUUAUUUUCAAUUUUGACGGCACAACUUUUCCGAUCUAGGUCUGCCUGGUGAUGGAAUAUGCUGAAGGGGGGUCUCUGUACAAUGGUGAGUCUCUGGGCAACGAUCUAGGCAAGCCAACUGCUAGGCAUGGGCAGUAUCCAGAUUGUCAUACCUUCAUACCGACCUUGUGCCAUCCUGGGAUAUCCGGUAAUACCGGCACUGAACACAGAGUGCUAUUUUCAAGCCCCACUGAGUCUGUAAUCCGAAGGUUAGCAAUGCUAAUAAGUACACUAUAUAUACAAAAGUAUGUGGACAACCCAAAUUAGUGGAUUUGGCUAUUUCAGCCACACCGGUUGCAGACAGAUGUAUAAAAUCGAGCACACAGCCAUGCAAUCUCCAUAGACAAACAUUGGCAGUAGAAUGGCCCAUACUGAAGAGCCCAGUGACUUUCAACGUGGCACCGUCAUAGGAUGCUACCUUUCCAACAAGUCAGUUCGUCAAAUUUCUGCCCAGCUAGAGCUGCCCCUGUCAACUGUAAAUGCUGUUAUUUUGAAGUGGAAACGUCUAAUAGCAACAACGGCUCAGCCGCGAAGUGGUCGCCACACAAAAUCACAGAACGGGACCGCCAAGUGCUGAAGCGCGUAGCGCAUAAAAUUAGUCUGUCCUCAGUUGCAACACCCACUACCGAGUUCCAAACUGACUCUGGAAGCAACGUUAGCACAAUAAAUGUUUGUCGGGAGCUUCAUGAAAUGGGUUUCCAUGGCCGAGCAGCCGCGCACAAGCUUAAGAUCACCAUGCACAAUGCCAAGCGUCGGCUGGAGUGGUGUAAAACUCACUGCCAUUGGACUCUGGAGCAGUGGAAACGCGUUCUCUGGAGUGAUGAAUCACGCUUCACCAUCUGGCAGUCCAGAUGAAUCUGGGUUUGGCAGAUGCCAGGAGAACACUACCUGCCCCAAUGCAUAGUGCCAACAGUAAAGUUUGGUGGAGGAGGAAUAAUGGUCUGGGGUUGUUUUUCAUGGUUCGGGCUAGGCCCCUUAGUUCCAGUGAAGGGAAAUCUUAACGCUACAGCAUACAAUGACAUUCUAGACGAUUCUGUACUUCCAACUUUGUGGCAACAGUUUGGGGAAGGCCCUUUCCUGUUUCAGCAUGACAAUGCCCCCCGUGCACAAAGCGAGGUCCAUACAGAAAUGGUUUGUCAAGAUCGGUGUGGAAGAACUUGACUGGCCUGCACAGAGCCCUGACCUCAACCCCGUCGAACACCUUUGGGAUGAAUUGGAAUGCCGACUGCGAGCCAGGCCUAAUCGCCCAACAUCAGUGCCCGACCUCAAUAUAAUAUAAUAAUAAUAAUAAUAAUAAUAAUAAUAUGCCAUUUAGCAGACGCUUUUAUCCAAAGCGACUUACAGUCAUGCGUGCAUAAAUUUUUUGUGUAUGGGUGGUCCCGGGGAUCGAACCCACUACCUUGGCGUUACAAGCGCCGUGCUCUACCAGCUGAGCUACAGAGGACCACAAUAAUGCUCUUGUGACUGAAUGGAAGCAAGUCCACGCAGCAAUGUUCCAACAGCUAGUGGAAAGCCUUCACAGAAGAAUGGAGGCUGUUAUAGCAGCAAAGGGGAACCAACUCCAUAUUCAUGCACAUGAUUUUGGAAUGAGAUGUUCGACGAGCAGGUGUCCACAUACUUUUGGUCAUUUGUGUACAUGAAAAACCCUAUGCGAAUGCUAACUGAAUGCUAACAAGCGCAUGAAAAUAUUUUAUACAGUCUCUGACAAACUAUUUGCAGGACAGACAUCCCAGCUCAUAAUGUUAUACAAGUAAAUCAAAAAUGGUACUCAGUUUGCUGCACGCACAAAACCAAUAUUGGACAGCAAGGCUCUUGAUCCAGGAGGGGAUUCUCUGCUGUUACCAAGAAGCUUGAUGUUGCAAGAAGCUAACCACUUAGCUAGAUAACUAGCUACUAAGUUAGCAAGCCAAUUGCACAACUGCAGAGCAUUUAGUACAUUUUAGACGGUUAACAUAAUAGUUAUAAGAUAUCUAGCUGGCAAACAUUUCGUUUUGAAUUCCAUACUGUAACUAGAUCACCUGGCGCAUGCUGCACAACAGUGAGUGACUCAAAAGCCUCCGGUCUCUCUUCGUUGUGUACUUGAGUGUGCAUAACUAUUCACCCCCCCAAAGUCAAUACUCUGUAGAGCCACCUUUUGCAGCAAUUACAGCUGCAAGUCUCUUGGGGUAUGUCUCUAUAAGCUUGGCACAUCUAGCCACUGGGAUUUUUUGCCCAUUCUUCAAUGCAAAACUGCUCCAGCUCCUUCAAGUUGGAUGGGUUCCAUUGGUGUACAGCAAUCUUUAAGUCAUACCACAGAUUCACAAUUGGAUUGAGGUCUGGGCUUUGACUAGGCCAUUCCAAGACAUUCAAAUAUUUCCCCUUAAACCACUCGAGUUUUGCUUUAGCCAUAUGCUUAGGGUCAUUGUCCUGCUGGAAGGUGAAAAUCUCUGGAAGACUGAAACAGGUUUCCCUCAAGAAUUCUGACCAGUUUCCCAGUCCCUGCCGAUGAAAAACAUCCCCACAGCAUGAUGCUGCCACCACCAUGCUUCACUUUGGGGAUGGUGUUCUCGGGGUGAUGAGAGGUGUUGGGUUUGCGCCAGACAUAGCGUUUUCGUUGAUGGCCAAAAAGCUCAAUUUUAGUCUCAUCUGACCAGAGUACCUUCUUCCAUAUGUUUGGGGAGUCUCCCACAUGCCUUUUGGUGAACACCAAACGUGUUUGCUUACUUUUUUCUUUAAACAAUGGCUUUUUUCUGCCCACUCUUCCGUAAAGCCCAGCUCUGUGGAGUGUACGGCUUAAAGUGGUCCUAUGGACAGAUACUCCAAUCUCCGCUGUGGAGGUUUGCAGGUUAUCUUUGGUCUCUUUGUUGCCUCUGAUUAACGCCAUCCUUGCCUGGUCUGUGAGUUUUGGUGGGCGGCCCUCUCUUUGCAGGUUUGUUGUGGUGCUAUAUUCUUUCGAUUUUUUUAAAUAAUGGAUUUAAUGGUGCUCCGUGGGAUGUUCAAAGUUUCAGAUAUUUUUUUAUAACCCAACCCUGAUCUGUACUUCUCCACAACUUUGUCCCUGACCUGUUUGGAGAGCUCCUUGGUCUUCAUGGUGCCGCUUGCUUGGUGGUGCCCCUUGCUUAGUGGUGUUGCAGACUCUGGGGCUUUUCAGAACAGGUGUAUAUAUAGAUCAUGUGACACUUAGACUGCACACAGGUGGACUUUAUUUAACUAAUUAUGUGACUUCUGAAGGUAAUUGGUUGCACCAGAUCUUAUUUAGGGGCUUCAUAGCAAAGGGGGUGAAUACAUAUGCACGCACCACUUUUCUGUUAUUUAUUUUAGAAUGUUUUUAAACAAGUUAUUUUUUUCUUUCACUUUCACAUGAAAUCCAAAUAAAAAUCCAUUUAAAUUACAGGUUGUAAUGCAACAAAAUAGGAAAAACGCCAGGGGGAUGAAUACUUUUGCAAGGCACUGUAGCUACAAAUAUUAAAAUAUAUAAAAAAAGAUUCAAAGAAAUGGUUUCAACGGUAUUGACGGUUUUGAAAAACCAUCCUGUGGCUAUUUCCAAAUAACCCUGGUAUACAGACUAAGCCUAUCUACCACUCUACCACACUAGAAAUGCAAAUUAUGCUCUUGUUAACCCUUUACAUUCGUACCCGUAUAUACGGGUUAAAGGUGGCAGAUUUGGGCACUAAUAAGCGCCUAAAUUGGAACGUAGUGGCUGUACAGUGACAUUCUAUAAGUUACGUCAGAGAUCAGGGUCUCUGCUUCACAGCAUUGUAUGGGUUUUGACUGAUAGCCGUUCUGAUCUUGAGCACAGCUCGCAACAUUUUUUGUUGUCUGAGUGAGGGAAAUGCUGUAAAUUUAAGAAGACCUGAUGUAUUUUGAAAGAUGUGACUUUGAGGAUUAUAAUAAAUACCGCUUUGAAUAACGCUUUGAUUUCGUCCAAAUGUGCACAUCACAUUUCCAAAUCAUAACUCAUGUCAUAUACAGUAUCAACAUUUAUGAUCACUAUGUUUAAUGUACAGUACCAGUCAAAAGUUUGGACACACCUACUCAUUCCAGGUUUUUUUUACUACACUGCUCAAAAAAAUAAAGGGAACACUAAAAUAACACAUCCUAGAUCUGAAUGAAUGAAAUAAUCUUAUUAAAUACUUUUUUCUUUACAUAGUUGAAUGUGCUGACAACAAAAUCACACAAAUUAUCAAUGGAAAUCACAUUUAUCAACCCAUGGAGGUCUGGAUUUGGAGUCACCCUCAAAAUUAAAGUGGAAAACCACACUAUAGGCUGAUCCAACUUUGAUGUAAUGUCCUUUAAAACAAGUCAAAAUGAGGCUCAGUAGUGUGUGUGGCCUCCACGUGUCUGUAUGACCUCCCUACAACGCCUGGGCAUGCUCCUGAUGAGGUGGCGGAUGGUCUCUUGAGGGAUCUCCUCCCAGACCUGGACUAAAGCAUCCGCCAACUCCUGGACAGUCUGUGGUGCAACGUGGCGUUGGUGGAUGGAGCGAGACAUGAUGUCCCAGAUGUGCUCAAUUGGAUUCAGGUCUGGGGAACGGGCGGUCCAUAGCAUCAAUGCCUUCCUCUUGCAGGAACUGCUGACACACUCCAGCCACAUGAGGUCUAGCAUUGUCUUGCAUUAGGAGGAACCCAGGGCCAACCGCACCAGCAUAUGGUCUCACAAGGGGUCUGAGGAUCUCAUCUCGGUACCUAAUGGCAGUCAGGCUACCUCUGGCGAGCACAUGGAGGGCUGUGCGGCCCCCCAAAGAAAUGCCACCGCACACCAUGACUGACCCACCGCCAAACCGGUCAUGCUGGAGGAUGUUGCAGGCAGCAGAACGUUCUCCACGGCGUCUCCAGACUCUGUCACGUCUUUCACAUGUGCUCAGUGUGAACCUGCUUUCAUCUAUGAAGAGCACAGGGCGCCAGUGGCGAAUUUGCCAAUCUUGGUGUUCUCUGGCAAAUGACAAACGUCCUGCACGGUGUUGGGCUGUAAGCACAACCCCCACCUGUGGACGUCGGGCCCUCAUACCACCCUCAUGGAGUCUGUUUCUGACCGUUUGAGCAGACACAUGCACAUUUGUGGCCUACUGGAGGUUGUUUUGCAGGGCUCUGGCAGUGCUCCUCCUGCUCCUCCUUGCACAAAGGCGGAGGUAGCAGUCCUGCUGCUGGGUUGUUGCCCUCCUACGGCCUCCUCCACGUCUCCUGAUGUACUGGCCUGUCUCCUGGUAGCGCCUCCAUGCUCUGGACACCACGCUGACAGACACAGCAAACCUUCUUGCCACAGCUCGCAUUGAUGUGCCAUCCUGGAUGAGCUGCACUACCUGAGCCACUUGUGUGGGUUGUAGACUCCGUCUCAUGCUACCACUAGAGUGAAAGCACCGCCAGCAUUCAAAAGUGACCAAAACAUCAGCCAGGAAGCAUAGGAACUGAGAAGUGGUCUGUGGUCACCACCUGCAAAACCAGUCCUUUAUUGGGGGUGUCUUGCUAAUUGCCUAUAAUUUCCACCUGUUGUCUAUUCCAUUUGCACAACAGCAUGUGAAAUUUAUUGUCAAUCAGUGUUGCUUCCUAAGUGGACAGUUUGAUUUCACAGAAGUGUGAUUGACUUGGAGUUACAUUGUGUUGUUUAAGUGUUCCCUUUAUUUUUUUGAGCAGUGUAUUUUCUACAUUGUAGAAUAAUAGUGAAGACAUCAAAACUAUGAAAUAACACAUGGAAUUUAGUAACCAAAAUAGUGUUUAACAAAUCAAAAUAUAUUUGAAAUUCUUCAAAUAGCCACCCUUUGCCUUGAUGACCUCUGUAGCUCAAUUGGUAGAGCAUGGCGCUUGUAAUGCCAGGGUAGUGGGUUCGAUCCCCGGGACCACCCAUACGUAAAAAUGUAUGCACACAUGACUAAGUCGCUUUGGAUAAACGCGUCUGCUAAAUGGCAUAUUAUUAUUAUGACAGCUUUGCACACACUCUUGGCAUUCUCUCAACCAGCUUCAUGAUGUAGUCACCUGGAAUACAUUUCAAUUAACAGUUGUGCCUUGUUAAAAGUUAAUUUGUGGAAUUUCUUUCCUUCUUAAUGCGUUUGAGCCAAUCAGUUGUGUUGUGACAAGGUAGGGGUGGUAUACAGAAGAUAGCCCUAUUUGGUAAAAGACCAAGUCCAUAUUAUGGCCAGAACCGCUCAAAUAAGUAAAGAGAAACGACAGUCCAUCGUUACUUUUAAGACAUGGUCAGUCAAUACGGAACAUUUCAAGAACGUUGAAAGUUUCUUCAAGUGCAGUUGCAAAAACCAUCAAGAUCUUUGAUGAAACUGGCUCUCAUGAGGACCGCCACAGGAAUGGAAGACCCAGAGUUACCUCUGCUGCAGAGGAUAACUUAAUUAGAGUUAACUACACUUCAGAUUGCAGCCCAAAUAAAUGCUUCACAGAGUUCAGUAACAGACACAUCACAACAUCAACUGUUCAGAGGAGACUGCGUGAAUCAGGCCUUCAUGGUCGAAUUGCUGCAAAGAAACCACUAAAGGACACCAAUAAUAAGAAGAGACUUGCUUGGGCCAAGAAACACGAGCAAUGGACAUUAGACUGGUGGAAAUCUGUCCUUUGGUUUGAUGAGUCCAAAUUUGCGAUUUUUGGUUCCAACCGCGUGUCUUUUGUGAGACGCAGAGUAGGUGAACGGAUGAUCUCCCCAUGUGUGGUUCCCACCGUGAAGCAUGGAGGAGGAGGUGUUAUAGUGUGGGGGUGCUUUGCUGGUGACACAGUCUGUGAUUUAUUUAGAAUUCAAGGCACACUUAACCAGCAUGGCUACCACAGCAUUCUGCAGCGAUACGCCAUCCCAUCUUGUUUGCGCUUAGUGGGACUAUCAUUUGUUUUUCAACAGGAUAAUGAACCAACACACCUCCAGGCUGUGUAAGGGCUAUUUUACCAAGAAGGAGAGUGAUGGAGUGCUGCAUCAGAUGACCUGGCCUCCACAAUCCCCCAAGCUCAACCCAGUUGAGAUGGUUUGGGAUGAGUCGGACAGCAGAGUGAAGGAAAAGCAGCCAACAAUUGCUCAGCAUAUGUGGGAACUCCUUCAAGACGGUUGGAAAAGCAUUCCAGGUGAUGCUGGUUGAGAGAAUGCCAAGAGUGUGCAAAGCUGUCAUCAAGGCAAAGGGUGGCUAUUUGAAGAAUCUCAAAUAUAAAAUAUAUUUUGAUUUGUUUAACACUUUUUUGCUUACUACAUGAUUCCAUAUGUGUUAUUUAAUUGUUUUGAUUUCUUCACUAUUAUUCUACAAUGUAGAAAAUAGUAAAAAUAAAGAAAAACCCUGGAAUGAGUAGGUGUCCAAACUUUUGACUGGUACUGUAUGUCGUCAUAUCCUGGGUUGUUCUGAACAGAAUGAGCCUAUGUUUGUUUGUGUAGAAAAUUAGUUGCAGCACACGCACCUGAAUGCAAUCAUGACUCCUUUCUAUGCACACCAAAAUGUUGAUCUGUUUCUCUGAAUUGCCUUGUGGAAAGCCUACCACUGUAAGAUCGUAUUGUAUAACUUAGCUAGUCAAGUUGGCAAUGGAACAAGCUUUCAAAUCAUGCCCACCUGACCCAGAUUGCUAUUUUUAUAAUGGAUCGUUUUUGGAUUGCAUAAACAACAGUCAUUGUGUGAUGGAGGGGAAGUGUGCUUGCUCUAGUUCUGCACUGGCACAGCUAGGAGAGCUAAAAAAAAGUACCUUAUUGUUGAAGACUCUUCUUUGAGUCAUAAAAGGGCAUUGAAAUUGCUUAGAACCUGUGCACAUUUUUGGAUAGGUGUGUGGCCACUUGGAGACACUAGUUUUCCCUCUCACUCAAAUGUAUGUUGUCUUAUGUUGCACCUACCCCACAUUUUCCAGGAAUAGUCCUAUCAUGUUACUGAAUGUAUCCAGAGUAUUUUCAGAUUUCAUUAUCAACAGAUAUGGCUAAAAGUACAGUAAAUGUAAAAUGCACAUAAAAUCAACAGUGUAAUGUUUGGAUUCAGUCUUGUGUCAGGUUAACUGUUGUGUCCUCACCUUUGGUCUGAUAAUUUCUCUGUUAUCUCCUAAGUGUUCCCUUUCAAUUUAGCCCUAUCCAUAUAGGCCAAUUCCCACGAGUGUAAAGGGUUAUCAGGCUCACUAUUGGCAUGAUUCCUUAAAUUGGUCAGUCCUUUCACAAUGACCUGUUAUGGAGUAUUGCAGAGUUAGGAAGUGUUCAUGGAAUCCUUACCAGACAUGGGUUCAAAUACAUGUGUAUUUGAGUGUGUGAUAUUUUUGAAAUAUACAGCCCUUAACAAGGACUUUUUAAUUGAAUGGUUAUUUUCAAAUACUUAUUUCAAAUACCUGGGUUAAAUGCAUUGGAGUGUAUUUGAGUCAGUGUAUUUGAGUAUUUUCAAAUACUUUCCAAGUGUAUUUCCAAAUAUAUACAUUAAAAUAUUAAACUACUUGUCUUUUCAAAAAUAUCUGAAUACUUACUUUGAAUGUAUAUGAAAGUAAUUGAGAUAUUCAAAAUAGUAUUUCAACCCAGGUCUGACUCUUACCUGUACAAGCACUUUACCCCCUUGUAUGCUUUUAUACCUCUGAAUCUCUAUGAAAGUUAUUUAAAGUAGGCGUUCUUAGUUGUGGUCGUCAAAACUUUGUUGAAUGCUUGAAACUAUAAUUUUGAUGGUUUUCUGUGUGUGUGUGUGUGUGUGCGCGCAUUAGUAUCCUCGUGGGUCCCAGAAGUCCCCACAAGGGUAGUAAAAGAAGGACAAUUCUCCCUAGUGGGGACAUUUCCCAGGUCCCCACGAGGACAAAGGCUAUUUUAGGCUUAGGGGUUAGAGUUAGGGAAAAUAGGAUUUUUAAUGGCAAUCAAUUUUAGGGCCCCACAAGGAUAGUAAAACAUAUGGUGUGUGUGUGUGUGUCAUGUGAAAGUGUGUUUGCACUUCUGGACCUUUAUGGCUAUGGAAAUGUGCGUGUGUGCAUGCAGGUAUGUUUUGUGUUUAUUUCGAGGUGUCAGUGGUAGUGACUGUGUUCUCUGUCCACAGUGCUGCAUGGUACUGAACCCCUCCCCUAUUACACUGCUUCCCAUGCCAUGAGCUGGUGUUUUCAGUGUUCCCAAGGGGUCGCCUAUCUCCAUGGCAUGAAACCAAAGGCUCUCAUUCACAGGGACCUCAAGCCACCCAAGUAUGCUCCUCCUCACCUCCUCCCCCUCUCUCUUGUUUCACUGCUGAUAAAGUGCCUUGCUCCCCCACUCAAGGUGUCAUUUAAUAGUUGUGUGUGAUAUAUUAUAUUAUGCAAUAGCGUAAGAAUACUUUAUCUGACUUUAUUAACCAAAAUAGCAUUAAAAAAUAUAUAAAUAAUGAAGUGCAUAGUCAACAGACGGGCUCCAGUCGUCUAGGUAUAUAAGUAUUUUGUUUGUGUUUUUGUUCCAUUUCUAUUUGAUCUGGCUUCAGUAGUAAGGCCUUAGUGUUUUCAAAGUGUGCCUCUGACUGAAAUGCUUAGAGUAGCUGUAUCGGCUCCAGAGGUUAUAUAUUUGGCUCUGACGGAAAAGACUGGAACCUAACCUUCACGCUCUUUGUGUGACACAGUGGGUGUUGCCAGACUGUGUGGUUGUAAAGUUAUUUACUGUAAGGGAUCUGACUUCCCUUUGUAUGUAUAAAAAUAAUCUGACUAGCUAUAGUCCCCUCUUCAUGUUUAUUUUAAUGAUUAGAAAUGUUUGCUUUGAAUUUAAAGUGGAUUUAUUAUGUGUUUGUAACCCAGUUAGACCUCAGCAGCCUUUAGUAGUUACCCUUACGUAGUCUCACACGUCACUCAAGUUCACACGUCACUCAAGUUCACACGUCACUCAAGUUCACACGUCUAGCAUUUGAGUGGAUCUUUGUUUACUUGUUUGUUUCAGCCUGCUCCUUGUUGCCGGUGGCACCGUGCUGAAGAUAUGUGACUUUGGGACAGCGUGUGACAUUCAGACACACAUGACCAACAACAAAGGAAGUGCUGCUUGGAUGGCCCCAGAGGUGUUUGAAGGCAAGUAUGAACAGCAUGGCAAAUGUUUGAAACACGCCAAUGGAUGUCUGUCCCAUCGGUCUUAGAAAGCGCAAAUCGGACUGACUCUUUAAGAACAAGGGUAUCUAAACAAGUGUAGCCGUUCACAAAUGUGUUUACCUAAUGUGCAUUGAUUGUCAGCGUUUGUUUAUGUGAUGCUACUGUUGAGAGCAGUGUUUAUACAGGAGGGCUUAUGUUUAGUGGUGUAAGUGCUCAUUAAUUGUAAUGGUGCUCCAUUUAGGCUUUGUCACUUAUUUGAUCACUGGAAGUCACCCCAAACACGUAGACUCCACCAUUUCUCAAAGCCUGAUUAAUCAAACUCUUAUUAGCAUUCUGUUAAUUUACAGUCAUUCAUAUCUUGAGUGGUAUUUAUUAUUGUGAUUGUACACACAGACAUUUAGAAGGUGAAUGGAGGGAAAGAUGCAGCAUAUUGCAGAGACGCUUUCAUCCCCAAGAGAAUGUAGCAUUUUAGUCUAUGCUCUCAGCCGGUAGUCUAAUGCAGGGUUUUCCAAACUCCGUCCUGGGGCCUCCCUUGGGCGCACGUUUUGGUUUUUGCCCUAGCACUAUACAAAUAACCAACUCAUCAAGCUUUGAUUAUUUGAAUCAGCUGUGAAGUGCUAGGGCAAAAACCAAAACGUGCACCCAGCGGGGCCCCAGGUCCGAGUUUGGGAAACCCUGGCCUAAUUCACUUUCUUUUACAAAACACAUUAAGAGGCAGCCUCUUGUCAGGAGGAAACAUAAAUGAGGCAUUAUCUUGUUUAAGGGAGUAACAUGACUUCCAUGCAAUUAAACAGCUCACAUUUGCCCCCAGAAUGACCUCUUUAAAGCUAAUUUGUAUCACAGGGAGAAAUGUUUUGAAAAGGCCUCAUCAGCAAAGCAACUGUAAGUCUGAGUCCCAAAUUACACCCUAUUCCUUAUAUAGGGCAUUAUGGGCCCUGGUCAAAAGAAGUGCACUAAAUAGGGAAUAGGGUGCCAUUUGGGACACAGUCCAAAACGUCUGUGUGCAGAGUAGUUUAAUUCCACAACAAUAGCCACAGUAAUUAAGCAUCUCAGGAGUGGCCCUGAACUAAAAUGACCUCCUUAUUGUCAUUACACAUGUGUUCUUAAGGUGCGGACAAGAUGGAUGCUCCUGUGCUUUCCCAAGCACAUCCCCCUUCCCCCCAACACUCCUCACACAUAUUAACCACGCUUUUUAGAGAAUUACCUAUCAUCAGUCAAUCAGAGCUAUGUCAAGCCCAGUGUUUUUUUCCCCAAUCUGAAAGGUCCUGAGGAGCUGUUUCUCUCCCAUGUGCUUUCAGGCAGCAAUUACAGCGAGAAGUGUGAUGUGUUCAGCUGGGGCAUCAUUCUCUGGGAGGUGAUCACACGCAGGAAGCCCUUUGAUGAGAUCGGGGGGCCGGCCUUCCGCAUCAUGUGGGCUGUGCAUAAUGGUGAGUCUGAGAGGAAGGAGGUGGGGGAGCUGAAUGAGUUCAUCUCUGUGCUGACAUGUCAAUCACCCUUGCGUCUCAGAGCCAGCUGCCCAGUGAGACCUGCUGUGAGAUUAAAUGAGUUACGAGGCUGACGGGGAAGAGCAAUUAAAAGACAGACUCACCUGUGUAGCGCUCCCUGCUGUUCCCUCCGUUGCACAGUAGAGUGAUGGAGCAGAAUGCUAACGGAACACUGACUGUCUGAGAACAGGAGCACACCUGGGGACACGACACUGCUGCGUCUGUCAUUCUGACAAAUUAGGAGUGCCACCACAGCAGGGGCUUUCAUUUGCAUUAGAUUGAAAGUGUUUGCUUGUACUGAAAUUAACUUUCUGGAACUUGCUCACAGUUUUUACAGAUUGAGUUUGUAUAACCUUUGACCUCUACGUCCAUUUUACUGUGACUGUUUGGCGCAGUGGUCUAAGGCACUGCAUCGCAGUGCUAACUGUGCCACUAGAGAUCCUGGUUCGAAUCCAGGCUCUGUCGCAGCCGGCCGCGACCGGGAGACUCAUGGGCGGUGCACAAUUGGCCCAGCAUCGUCCAGGGUAGGGGAGGGAAUGGCCGGCAGGGAUGUAGCUAAGUUGAUAGAGCAUGGCGUUUGCAACGCCAGGGUUGUGGGUUCGAUUCCCACGGGGGCCAGUAUAAAAAAAUAUAUAUAUAUAUAUAUGUAUUCACUAACUGUAAGUCGCUCUGGAUAAGAGCGUCUGCUAAAUGACUAAAAUGUAAAUGUAAUGUGUUUGUAUUCAUAGUGAUAAAUAUUGAUGUAGUGUGUCUUGUCUCUCUGUUUGUAUUGAUAAUGUCCAGGCACCCGGCCACCGCUCAUCAAGAGCCUUCCCAAACCCAUUGAGAGCCUGAUGACCCGCUGCUGGUCUAAAGACCCCUCCCAGAGGCCCUCCAUGGAGGAGAUAGUCAAGAUCAUGACUCAUCUUAUGCGAGUAAGGCCCUCCUAGAUACAAACACUAAUUCUUAUAGAGAUGCAUUAAAUGAAAGAUUGCCUUACCGAGAUGGCCGUCCUGCAGUCAAGUGGCCUCCACAGUGUCCAUUCCAGUGUUCCCUUUAAUUCUAUGCCGACACCGACCCUGGAUGCAAGGAGGACUCUUUCCAUGGUGUCCUGUUCUCAGACUGCUUGCCUGGUCAGAUGGUCAGUGUUGGGAAUGUCACUCUUACAUUUUCUGUCAACCUCUCUUUUCCAGUGCUUCCCAGGAUCUGAUGAACCCUUGCAAUACCCGUACCAGUAUUCAGAUGAAGGACAGAGUAGCUCUGCCACCAGUACAGGUAGCUACAUCUAUAUUGUUGAAAUAGUGGAAGCUUUUAUUAUCCGCACUAGAGUUUUACCUACAUAAAACAUAAUUGAGGUAAUGUGGAAAUAUCUCUUCCACCCCUCUAUUGGGUAUUACAGGUUCCUAUGUGGAUAACACUUGCACCAGCAACAAGAGUGACACAACCAUGGAGCAUGAGGACUCUCAAGGGAGCAACGACACCAUCAACAUCACACCUCAGUUUGCACAUCAGUUCAGGCCAAAGGUAACGCAGCAACCUGUACUGGUACCUGGCUAGCCAUGUCUAUCACAACAAUUAAACCUGAACAAUUUACUUUGUCAGGUGACUAGAAAGAAAAGGUAGACAAAUUAAUGCAAUUAGCUACAUUUGUGUGGAUAUGAACAAAAUGAUUUACACAAGCCUCAUAUGAAAGUAAUCACUGUCAUUUUGAAGUAAAUCAUCAGUACACAAAAUGUAAUUGAGACUUUUUGACCAUACUGAAUAAGUAGUAAAGUGUACUGUAGGCCAACAGCAUGCAUUGUUUUGUCUGUGCUCUCAGGUUGACCCGUUGCGGAGCCUGCCUCUGUCCAGAGGGGGCAGUGUGGAGAGCCUGUCGGGGCGAAACCACAGCCUGCUGUCCUCAGAGAGCAAGAGAAUGAGCGCAGACCUGUCAGAGCUGGAGCACAGGGUGCCUUUCGCUCCCGCAGGUAACAUCAGAAUCGACACCCUACACACACACACCCCACAAUGGAUUAUACAAAUAUAGGACUACAUAUUUUCGACAUCACACACUUCUAGAAGAGAUGCAUACAGUUCAUACAUACAGCAAUGUUACGUCAGCUACUGAAGUGAGUUUUAUUUCAAUACGAGAGCGAGAGAAAGGCAUUCUAUGCCAUUAGAAGCUACUAUCAGGUCAGCAGGUAGCCUAGCAGUUAAGAGCGUUGGGCCAGUAACCAAAAGGUCACUGGUUCAAAUCCCCAAGCUGACUAGGUGUGGGAAAAAAUCUGCCGGUGACCUUGAGCACAGCACUUAACCCUAAUUGCUCAUGUAAGUCACUCUGGAUAAGAGCACCUGCUAAAAUGACUUCAAUGUAAAUCAUGUCUCCUUGUCUGCCAAGAUGCAUUUCAUCCGCUUUCAUGUCUUAGGUGAUGUCUCACUCCUCAUGUAAGCUCCUCCAUAUGCCCCUCAGCACUGGUGCCAAUCAUCUCCCCUCCUUCACACAGAUCUAAGGCUCAGAGGCUGGGUUUAUAGACAGGAAGCCCAGUUCUGAUCUUUCUUCCACUAUAGACCAAUCACAUCAGAUCUUUUCACAUCAGCUCUUUUUCAGAGCUGAUUUGAUUGGUCAAAAGACCAAUUAGUGAAGAAAAAAAAGAUGAGAAUUGGGCUGCCUGUCUAAAUGCAGCCAGAGAGAAUGACUUGUAUUGAUCAUCAGCCCUGUCAAAAUGAAGCUUCCGAGGCAGUCAUUAAGGCAUGAGGAAGCUACAGCCUUAGCCUCUAUUUGUCAGGAUUUGUCCUCACGCUUUCUUUUCAGCUUACUUUGAGAGACUGUUUUCUGUGAAAUAUUUUCAGUUGUCUGUCUUAUUGUUUAGAAUAAUUUCACAUUGUUGAUGUUGUCCAUGGUAUAUCAUAUGAAUAUUAGUUUAAAAUGUCAUAAGUCAUAUAUUUAGCUUUAAUAUCAUCUGUAUAUCCUCAGUGCUCCUCAAUAGUUACUAUAUAUUACAAUAUUCAUCUAUUUAUUUUAUUCUAUUUAUCAUACAUAUUCUAUUGGUACAGUCAAACUGCUUGUUAACUGAAUGCCUGUUAUGUCUGUGUUCUGAGACUUCCUAUGCUGUGGCUAAAGCAGCAUCGCUAGCACUGUGUUGUCAAACUAACCAACCAACCUCAGGACAGGACGCAUGUUGCCCGUGCAAUGUGCAUGUAUGUGUUCUGCAGGCCAGUAUAGUCCAGAGGGGAGCGAGGACAGAGCACCGUCUGACAUGUCUGCUCCAGCUCUGGGCCCUCACUCUUCCUCUGCAUGCAUGUGUACGCCAGCUGUGUGUGUAUUUGUUGCAGCACGUCCCCAGUAUAAACGAGGCCACCGUAAAACGGCAUCAUUUGGCACCAUUCUGGACGUUCCCAAGAUCGUCGUCACAGGUACCAGUGCGGACCACCAGGCUACCUGGUACCCUGGGUAUAGCUGGCUUGGCUGAACUGAAUCAGCGGGAUGCUCUGACACUGCUGGGCCUUUAGUGUCUGUUACUCCAGAUCUCACAGGCUACAGGGGCCACUUGUAGUCAUAUGAGUCCCAAAUGGCACCCUAUUCCCUAUAGAGCCCUAUGGGCCCUGGUCAGAAGUAGUGUACUAAAUAUGGAAUAGGGUGCCAUUUGGGAUGCUGCCCUUAUAUUCUGCCUUGGCACUUUACAUUUCAAUUGGAAUAGGGGAUAUUAUUUCCAAAUAUUUCCUCUCUCUUAGGAACCUGACUCACAACCAGUGAUGACCCAAUACAAAUCAGUAUUGAGGCUAUGAAUGAUGAUAAACCUGGAGUAACACACACAGUUGUCUUUUUCCUCUGUCUUUUGUGGUUUUGUUAGACGUUAAGAGGGACAUGAGUUACACGUGGUGGCUGUCUUAUCUGUGUUUCACCCUCCAGGCACAAGAUGCUGAUCAAGCCAUUUCAAUUCCCACAGAUCCAUCUUUUCUUCGACAUAUCUAAUCCAGAUUCAUGGAUGAAUCCAAACUUGAGUUAGCCUGGUGUGCAAAAACAAUAGAAUAGACUUGAUUAAGUGGCACGUCAUCAGGUUAUUUUGAUCAGCAUCAUGCCAUCAGAAGGGGGGGUGAAAUGGAUGUGAUAAGAUUCAUAACUCAUGGCCCUGUCUCUCUCUCUCAAUGUCCUUCUGGCUUUGCUUCAGGCAGGCAGGGAGUAAAUCGGUUGGCUUGGCUUGCUCUGUCUGGAGUUGAGCUCCGCUCUCAGCUCGUCUUUGUCUUUCGUGCAUAGAGAACGUCUGUUAAAAGCUUGACACAUUUUUUUUUUUUUCUCUUUGCAUCCAUUAACUUUGUAAAAGUCAUUUUGAUUCAUUUACCUCACAUUGAGGGUCACAGCUAUUAUUACCACCCGAGAUAAGGAUGAACGAAAUGGGGACAGCAGCUAUCUUGACUGAUGGAUAUCACACAAAAAAGUUGUUUCUAUUUAGGAAGUAGGAGCUGCGUGAGACAUGUUGAAUGAGUAGUUAAUUAAACAGUGUGACUAAAGGAGACGGCUGACGUAAGGGGAUAUUAAAGGUAUGACAGGGUUGUUAUCACUAUAUGUGGCACACCUAGAUGUCACUCAUUUAUUCAGUUCAUUUGAACCCAGUCUCCAUUUAGUAGUUCAAUUAGUAUGAAGCGGUACUAGAUUUUUAGAAGUUCUGGAUUGGCAUUCUAAUUAAAAUGUCUAUUCAGCGGUCUAAGGCACUGCAUCGCAGUGCUUGAGGCGUCACUACAGACCCGGGUUCGAUCCCAGGCUGUGUCACUGCCGGCCAUGAUUGGGAGACCCAUGUGGCGGUGCACAAUUGGCCCAGCGUCAUCCGGGUUAGGGGAGGGUUUUCACGCCCCUUGACCUUUUCCACAUUUUGUGUUACAGCCUGAAUUUAAAAUGGAUUAAAUUGAGAUUUUGUGUCACUGCCCUACACACAAUACCCCAUAAUGUCAAUGUGGAAUUAUGUUUUUAGACAUUUUUACAAAUUAAUUAAAAAUUAAAAGCUGAAAUGUCUUAAGUCUAAGUAUUCAACUCAUUUGUUAUGGCAAGCCUAAAUAAUGUCAUGAGUAAAAAUGUGCUUAACAAGUCACAUAAGUUGCAUGGCCUCUGUGUGCAAUAAUAGUGUUUAACAUGAUUUUUUAAAUGACUACCUCAUCGCUGUACCCCACACAUCUGUAAGAUCCCUCCGUCUAUCAGUGAAUUUCAAACACAGAUUCAACCAGAAAGACCAGGGAGGUUUUCCAAUGCCUCGCAAAGAAGGGCACCUAUUAGUAGAUGGGUAAAAAUAAAAACAUUGAAUAUCCCUUUUUCCACAUGGUGAAGUUGUUAAUUACACUUUGGAUGGUGUAUCAAUACACCCAGUGACUACAAAGAUACAGGCGUCCUUCCUAACUCAGUUGCCGGAGAGGAAGGAAACCGCUCAGGGAUUUCACAAUGAGGCCAAUGGUGACAUUAAAAUAGUUACAGGGUUUUUAAUGGCUGUGAUAGGAGAAAACUGAGGAUGGAUCAACAACAUUGUAGUUACUCAACAAUACUAACCUAAAUGACAGAGUGAAAAGAAGUAAGCCUGUACAGAAUAAAAAUAUUCCAAAACAUGCAUCCUGUAUGCAAUAAGGCACUUCAGUAAAACUGCAAAAAAUGUGGCAAAGAAAUUAGCUAUGUAUUGAACACAAAGUGUUAUGUUUGGAGCAAAAACAACACGUCACUGAGUACCACUCUUCACAUUUUCAAGCAUGGUGGUGGCUGUGUUAUGGGUAUGCUUGUCAUCGACAAGGACUUAGGAGUUUUUUUAAGAUAAAAAGAAACGGAAUAGAGUUAAGCACAGGCAAAAUCCUUGAGGAGAACAUGGUUCAGUCUGCUUUCCAACAGACACUGGGAGACAAAUUCACCUUUCAGCAGGACAAUACCCUAAAACAGAAGGCCAAAUAUACACUGGAAUUGCUUGCCAAGACAACGUUGAAUGUUCCUGAGUGGCCUAGUUACAGUUUUAACUUACAUCUGCUUGGAAAUCUAUGGCAAGACUUAAAUGGCUGUCAUGCAAUGAUCAACAACCAACUUGACAGAGCUUGAAUAAUUUUUUUAAAGAAUAAUGUGCAAAUAUUGUACAAUCCAGGUGUGCAAAGCUCUUAGAGAUUUACCCAGAAAGACUCACAGCUGUAAUCACUGCCAAAGGUGAUUCUAACAUGUAUUGACUCGGGUGUGAAUACUUACGUAAAUUAGAUAUUUCUGUGUUUCGUUGUCAAUACAUUUGAUAACUUUUCUUAAAAACAAGUUUUCACUUUUUCAUUAUGGGAUAUUGUGUGUAGAAGGGUAAGAAACAUAUAUUUAAUCAAUUUUGAAUUCAGGCUGUAACACAACAAAAUAUAGGAUACGUCAAGGGGUAUGAAUACUUUCUGAAGGCACUGUAUAGGCCUAGAACAACAAUCACUGCAGUGACAGAUGAGCAUUUUUCUCAAUCCAACAUUCAGUGUAUUGUUUGUUUCUGUGUGUGUGUGUGUGUGUGUGUGUGUGUGGAUCUGCCUGUGUGUAGUUUGUCUAUUUGUUACAGAGUUUUGUGCAAUAGGAGAGGUCAAGUUAAAAGGGUUAGACCAUUACACCAGUGCUUAGACCUACUUUACCAAAAAAUAGAUGGGCAAUUUCCUCCAUCCAUUUUCCCUGUGGUGCCACAUCUUGCGAACAUUCUACAUUCCAGGUAGUUUUAGAUGUUAGGUUUCAUGUAAAAAGUUAUGCAUUCACAAUUUUGUAGUUUUUAGAAAUAAAAAAAUAAUCCGUUUUGAGGGUAUUGUUGAGUCACGUUUCUAACAACUUACUUCAAUUGUCCCAAAUUGUUUAUUUUAAUGGUUUCCACCUUAAAUAUUUCCCUUAUUGCAGUAGUUCAAAUGUUGUAUGGGUCUGGGAUUGACGGUAAGGAGUGUGCGGAUGCUCCCAUCGCCAAAUAAUUCCCAGCAGCUGGAUGUUCCGACAGUAAAACGUGACUCUGAAGACAUUGUUCAUAAUUCUACAGCAUAGAUGGAACUAAUAAUACUUCUAACUGCCAGAUUGCUGGAAUUUCACCUGUUAUUCUGAAGACACCAGGCAGGUCAGAGCCAACCUCAUGUUUACUUUGGCUGGGGAUGAAGGAGUGGAGGCAGGUCAGAGGCAACCUCAUGUUUACCUUGGUUGGGGAUGAAGGAUUGGAGGCAGAGUAAGAGCCAACCUCAUGUUUACCUUGGCUUGGGAUGAAGGAUUGGAGGCAGAGUAAGAGCCAACCUCAUGUUUACCUUCGCUUGGGAUGAAGGAUUGGAGGCAGAGUAAGAGACAACCUCAUGUUUACCUUCGCUUGGGAUGAAGGAUUGGAGGCAGAGUAAGAGCCAACCUCAUGUUUACCUUCGCUUGGGAUGAAGGAUUGGAGGCAGGUCAGAGACAACCUCAGGUUUACCUUGGCUGGGGAUGAAGACGUGGAGGCAGGGUGCAGAUCAGGGCCAGGCCAGACCUGAUAGUGCUGUUCAGCCCAGGACCCCCUGCCCGUUGGCCUUGUCUUGUCUGAGGCCCAGUAAUGUGCUGUGAGCCCUGAAGUACCCUAGUUCCCCAUCACCAGCAACCCUUACUCACAGCCCGCCCCCCCAACCCAAACAAGCAGAUCUGCACAAACGUGACACAAUGAGGCUUAGCUAUUCAUGUGGUAGGUGUGGUUUUUGGUGGUGUAUGUGUGUGUGUGUGUUGUGCCGUGUUAGUGUGGGGGUUGAGGGGGACGACUGCUGCGCUAUGGUCACGUUAUGGCCAUGCCAGAGCACAUGUGACAUGCCAGGGAGUCAGGGGUUAAAUCUGUGCAGCUGUCCCAUCUCUGUGUGGCUCUGUGGAUUGGAUACCCCACUUUUCACAGACCUCAGGCAGACACGGACAGACGACAGACAAUUUCCCCUGGAACUGUCUCUAGGUUUUAACGGUUCCUCUAUCUCUCCAUCCUGUCCACAGCCACCUGUGAGGCACAGAGACGUAGAUCUGUACAGGACCUCCCGGGAGUCGGCACAGAGUCCAGCCAGGUAAGAUGUUCUACUGUAGUCCAGCCAGGUAAGAUGUUCUACUGUAGGACAGCCAGGUAAGAUACUCUACAGGAGUCCAGCCAGGUAAGAUACUAUACAGUAGUCCAGCCAGGUAAGAUGCUCUACAGUAGGACAAGGCCUGGAUUGACUAGUGUAGCACAGAGGAGGAAAUGCAUGUUAUGAAAGCAUUCUCAAAAGCUUCUUGUUUUAUCACCUUUCAUUUGGUUUCCUUCUAAAGUAGUAUAGUAUCUUCACUCUCCCUCUGUGAAUUGCAUUGCAUUGCAUUGCAUUUGAGCUGAUCAUGUUUUGCUUCCUCAGAGGAUUUGAUAGAUGCUUGGUCAAACAAGGUGUCCCAUGGGGGAAAUGCUACAUGACUUAAUGGAGAAUGUCACUGUUGAGAAGAUGAAGAUAUUCCAGGUGUAGGAAGAACAUUCUCUUUUUCCCCCCACAGACAACUGUCAAAUAAGCCCCCUUCCCAGAGAGUCCCUACAUCCUCGCAUUCCUAAACAUUGGUUUCUACAGUAUAUUUUGUUAAAAGGCAUGUGUCUCCCUGUGCAUUUUUUGCAGUAGCAAAAUUCCCGUUUACUUUAAUGAGAAACUAGACUCUCGACAUGGAUUGAUUUAUUUUUAUAUUGUUCUUGUCUUAUACCUUUUUGCGCAAGGUUAUCUGUGGAGGUCAACUUGUGAAUUCCCAGUAGUGUGACGGAGUGUUCUCCCGUGUACAUAAGUGUGUACAUAACCCCAGACAGACUUAAGACCUUGUUUUUCACACUUUUUACUUGACAAACUAUACGUUGUUUCACCCCACUGAAAGAGGCUUAGGAUUGCCAUGUGGGAUUCUGUUGCCGUCUGAAGCCAUGGGAUGACAGCCAUAGUCAUUGUUGACUUUGCUUGAGGUUCUGGUGUUAUGUGCUCCGUGGACAAAAACAAAAGCGGUCCUGUAUGGCUCAGUUGAUAGAGCAUGGCACUUGUAACGGCCAGAUUGUGGGUUUGAUUCCCGAGGCCACCCACUCGUAAAAUGUAUGCAUGCACGACUGUAAGUCACUUAAGAUAAAAGCUUCUGCUAAAUGGCAUACAUUAUUAUUAAAAGGGCCAUUUUGUGAACAUGUAUUUCCACCUCUGAUCUUCUAUGAUUGGCUGUAUGAGUAAUUGACAGUGUUGUUGGCCUGUUACAGGGGCUGUAUGAGUGAUUGACAGUGUAGUUGGCCUGUUACAGGGGAGCCGGAACAGCAGCAGGUCCUCCAGUCCAAGUGUGAGGAUGAUGCCGCCUGAUAAGACCAGCAGCAGAGGGUACAGUUUCUCUCCCGAUGACCCCACAGGUAUAGUAGUAUGUGCGGCAGGUAGCCUAGCGGUUAGAGCGCUGGGCCAGUAACAGAAAGGUCGCUAGUUCGAAUCCCUGAGCCGACAAGGUGAAAAAUCUGUUGAUGUGCCCUUGAGCAAGGCCUUAACCCUAAUUGCUCCAGGGUCACCGUUGAUCAUGGCAGACCCUGGCCAUGACCCCACUCUCCGAAGGGGGAGUUGGGAUAUGUAAAAAGACAAGGGUCUAUUUCUGUUGAAGGACUUCUGGUGUCUAUUGAUAACUGUGUGCCUGCCCAGUGGACUCGGCUUGCACCGAGUCCACUGCUGUCACUGUCAGAGCAAAAACAAACACAAAUCUUGCUCUCUCCUGCCCAGAUACCAACGGCUCAGACAACUCCAUUCCCAUGGCAUAUCUCACUCUGGACCACCAGCUGCAGGUAGGGAAUCAUUUCAUACCGGACCUCCCCUGUCCUGCUAAUGUUAAGCAUUCUUUUAUUUUAUACCACGAUACAUCUUGUUCCCACUCUCAUCCCAUUCAACUGUUUUUGUGGACCUGUCAAAAAACAAUAUGGUGUCACAGUGAAUCUUGAUUAUUUUUAUUUUGUUGAGUUGCUAUUUUGUUUUAAUUGAAAUGUUGAUGUUUUCCCUCUCAAAGAUGAUUUCAAGGACACUGCAAAUUGACUGUUAACUCAAUUAGGGCAGGAUAACCUCUGUCAAAGUGAGAAAAUUAUUCUAUCUAAAAAGAGGAAUGUCUAUAAAUACCCACUGGCAACGGCGGUGAGACAUUUUGUGUAUUUUUAAAAGCGCAGAUGAAUCUGAGAGACUAUUGCUAAAUGUAUUUUUAUCAGCUAACUGGGUAUAUGCUCCCUAAAUCAAUGAAUCACAUGGUUUAUUUUCAGCCCCUCGCUCCUUGCCCAAACUCCAAAGAGUCCAUGGCUGUGUUUGAGCAGCACUGUAAAAUGGCCCAGGAGUACCUGAAAGUGCAGACAGAAAUUGCCUUGCUGAUCCAGAGAAGGUAAGUGGUGAACCUUUACUGUACCUCUCCAUCUUGUAGGGCAAGCGUUCAGCCACCACCAAAGGGCUGAGGUAAUGUGCUGUUCUUUCAUUCUGUUAGCACUACAGAGUUCAGUGUAAUUAACUCUAGUCUGUACUGUAGGCCCUGCUGAAUGUGACCGUACACAUCUGGGCGAUCCAAGCAGACAAAAACGUCUCCCCAUUUAAAGGGGUGGGCUGUCUUGUGACUAACAGAAGAAGCAGCUCCGUCAGAUGUGAAACAUGCAUUUAGACUUGGGCAUAUGACUAUGCUGAGGGCAGAGGUCCACCCAAAGGCAAUUACUAAUUUAGAUGACAAAUGCAAUUCAAACAGCCCUGCUAAGCUGUGGAAGUUGAGCGUAGUGGAACAACUGACUGUGUUUGGAUAAAGAGCUAAUCUCCUAUUCAUAGACCAUGACUUUAGCGAGGAAUUACCACAUUUGUGGAAUCAGCGGUUCUCUCACAGAAGCGAUUCGAUGCUUUGGUGCUCCGUCAUCCACCAGCCUCUCAGCUGUGCUUAUUGCAUGUGAUGUUAUUCCUCUGUCAAGCACAGAGUAAUUCACAGUUGUCUUAAUCAAUGGCGUCGCAAUAUGCAGAAAUUUAGCCGCCAUUUCCUGGUUGUUAAAAUUGUAAUAGUUCGCCUAAUUUCAGUUUAGGUGACAAAAUAAGCAAUGGAUAGUGUAGAGAAUCAUUGUACCAUCCAAACAGCUAUGAAAUAUAUUUUAAUUAAACCAAAAAUAUUGUAUUUUCAGCUGUUUGAAGCUGGUGUACAAAACCAAAAUUAGAAGACUCAAAAACGAAACUUAAAGAACGGGAAGCAUAGAAAUGGAGCAUAUAGAACAGAACUACCGCUUCUUAGACUUGCUUUCAAUGACAGAUCUAUAACUCACAUUUCUAUGUGUAUUUGGUCGGGUCACCCAGAAAGUUAGAUAUUGCAGCUUUAAUGUCAUAUCCCUUUCCUAUUUUUCUUGCGCUCAUUCUGUACGCUUUUCUCUCUUCUCUUAUCCGAUGCAUUUCUCUUUUGAAUCUUAGUCAUGUUUGUAUUUUCUCAUGUAAUCUACACUGCAAUUAGGUUUUCUGUAUUGUAAAGUGCACCAUUGUGGCACAUGUUGUAUGUGUAAAUAAAACCAAUCUAUAUCUACAGGAAGGAGUUGAUCGCUGAACUGGACCAAGAUGAGAAGGACCAGCAGAACACGUCCCGCCUGGUCCAGGAGCACAAGAAGCUGCAGGAGGAGAAUAAGUCUCUGUCUACCUACUACCAGAAGUGCAAAAAGCAGCUGGAACUGAUCCGCGCCCAACAACCGAAGAGACAGGGCACCUCAUGA